CGCUGUUUGGGAGGCGCCAGUGGAACAGCUACAGUGUACCGGGAUACAUAGUAGUUCUUACAUGUCUCUUUUCGUCUGCCCAACUGCCCAUGUACCUAGAUAUAGGCACCUAGGUAGGUAACUAGGUAGGUAACUAGGUAGGUAGUAGAGACAUCCAGGCCGCUUAAUGUUCAUCCACCUCAUAAAUCCCCGGGAAUUGUAGAAGAAUGCUGGAAGCUGAGCGGUCGGCAGGUAAGCUACCCUCGUGGAACGCCUAAGCCUCGAGUCAUCGGCGCCCUGGGUAUGUCUCUCACUAGGUGGUGGUUCUAGCUACAUUAAAGCCUGCGGCUUUCCGUUAUGCUACCAGACUCACAGCACCAAGCAGAUUGCUCUGUCGCAAAGGAGUACCUAACAAACAGGCACGGUAAACGGAUAGCGUGGGAUAUCAAAUCUAGCUAAUAGUGAGUCAAUUUAUAACGGAGAAAGUGAAUUUCUUUUGUAGCCGCUCGUCAAAUACCCAUAGGAAAGAUUGCAUGAAUAUGUGUAUGGGAAUUAUUCAUCAAUAUUGAAGUUCUCAAUGUCAUCGGAAGUCAUGUCAGAGCUGAUAUGCCCCACUGGUUCCGGUAGACGGGAAGGUGGAAAGGGUAUCCUAGUCAUCAUUGGAUGCUCUGGAAUAGACGCGGGAGAUAGAACCGGCGGCAAGCAAGGCAGAUGGCAUGUACCUACUAACGAUCCGGCCUCGUCGGGUUUCUCGCCUCUUCUAUUUCCCAAAGGGGACAAGACUGAGGCUCAUCCAGGCUCCUUCCGGCAAGAUGGAAAGUUUCAGAUGCUGAUUGCCAUGCUGUCUGCUGUGAUACAGCGUAGGAUGACAGGAAACGGUCAUAGUGAUCACCAUGCGUAGUGCGACUUUGCAACAAAAGCCACGGGGACGUACAGUCGACUUCGGGAAAUUUUAUGCCUUUCAAUUGCUUCAAUAUUCUAGAAUGACUGUGUCCUAGCAAGGCCGUGUGUAGUGGUAGGACGAGUACAUAUAGUUGUGUAGAUGUCUACCUACUACAUAUGUAGGUAGGUUAGGUUAGGUAUCUACGCAUGUACCUAUACUAAAUCGUUGAACAUGUAUGUACAUGACAUGUAUAUGUAGGUCAACCUAGGCUGAACGACUGCGGGAUGAAUACGAACGAUACUGGAUGCUGCUACAGUACCUACCUACCUACACGAUAUGUGUUAGGAGACGUAGGUUUUAGGUAAUACGCUGGUGUGAAUACUUAGUAUAUAUUGGUUGUGACAUAAUGGGUUUAUUGUGAUGAAAUUGUGGUGAUAUCUAUUGAAUGAUGUCUUGAAGAGCUGUU